AUGAGUGAUUUUGAAUUUACUUACAUGGAUUUUGAGAAAUACAGCACUAAUGCUUCCGAAGAAAGUAAUAAAAAGAAUAUUGAUCAAAUUGUUCUUGCAAGUAGCGAAAUUGCCUCUGAAAAUUCUGACUUUUAUAGCAAUUCCUUUCAAACAAUACAUGAUGAUAUAGACGUAGAAAUUGAAAGGACCUCUACAACAGCAAUGAGAAUGGGAAAAGUUAAAUUGAAUAGAUUAACAGAAAGGCCUCAUAUGAUAACUCCAGAAAAGGCUUCAAUAAUGGAAGAAAAAUUAGGAAGAGAAAUUUUAUCUUUGUCUAUACUUGAUCAAUUAUUUGAAUUUGAAGAAAAACCACCUAAAACUGCAAUAUUAAAAGUAUUAUCAGAGCUUCAAGCUAUCUCUUCAGAUUGGACGGCUGAAAGAGUCAAACA